AUGGGUCACCAGCACCUCCACUGGAGUCACCCACAGAAGUUCGGUCAGGGCUCUCACUCUUGCCUCAUCUGCUAUAACCGCCACGACCUGAUCCAGAAAUAUGGGCUGAGCAUGUGCCAUCAGUGUUUCUGUCAGUACUUGAAGGGCAUAGGCUUCAUUAAGUUGGACUAAUGAACCUUGAAUGGAUUAUUCAAGACUGUCUACCCAGUGAAACAGAUCAUGCUAGUCUUUGUACAUAA